GUAAAAGUGAAAGUGAAAGUUCAGACUCCAUUUUGAAUCGCCGGAGCAGAAGGAGGGAAGCUGAAGUCUGAGGCAGAAUCAACCGUUUGAUUCGUCUGCGACAAAACGUUGAAUAUUCACAAGCUACAACUAACCCAAGAACACUGACCAGACUGACUGAAGUCCAGAAGAUGAGUGGUCUGGAGGAAGACGAGGACGGAGCAGAGUCUCCAGUCUCCAGCUGUUGGUCUAUGAAGAGUGACCGGUCCAGAGAUAAUCCUCUAAACUUCAGUAAUGAACCUGGACCUUCACACACACAAGGUGAGUCCUACAGACAGAGAGCAGAGUCUCCAGUCCCCAGCUGUUGGUCUAUGAAGAGUGACCGGUCCAGAGAGCUUCCUCUGUACUUCAGGAAUGAACCUGGACCUUCACACACACAGAAGAGGAGGAGCCAUGUCUCUGUGUCCAGCUGUGCUCUGUGUCAGGACGUCCUGAAGGAUCCAGUCUCUACCAGCUGUGGACACUGGUUCUGCAGACAGUGCAUCACCUCAUACUGGGACCAGUCUGGUUCUUCAGGAGACUCCUCCUGUCCCCAGUGUGGACAAAGACCCAGAACAAGACCUGGACUGCAGACAGCCAGUCAGACCAGCACUGAACAAACAGAUAGUGGUCUGCAGGAGGUUUUACAUCAACAUAAGAUCAGUCUGAGGAGCAGAUGUGAACAUGUGACUGAAGGAACUGAUGGAACAGGAAGUGGAACCCUCCUCAACAGGAUCUACACUGAGCUCUACAUCACAGAGGGACAGAGUGAAGAGGUUAAUACCCAACAUGAGGUGAGGCAGCUGGAGACAACUUCCAAGAUGGAGACCCUCCAUGACGCUCCAAUCAGGUGCCACGACAUCUUUAAAGUCUUACCUGACCAGCAGAGACGCCGGAUCUCUAAAGCUUUACCUGUCCAGCAGAGAGAAGACGUCUCUAAAGUCUUACCUGACCAGCAGAGACCCAUCAGAGUGGUUCUGACCAACGGUGUCGCUGGCGUUGGAAAAACCUUCUCGGUGCAGAAGUUCUCUCUGGACUGGGCAGAGGGCUUGGAGAACCAAGAUGUCGGUCUGCUGGUUCUGCUUUCGUUCAGGGAGCUGAACCUGAUCAGACAUCAGCGGUACAGUCUUCUCAGGCUGCUCCAUGUUUUCCAUCCAACAUUACAGAAGGUCACAGCAGAGCAGCUCGCUGUCUGUAAAGUUCUGUUCAUCUUUGACGGCCUGGAUGAAAGCAGACUGUCACUGGAUUUCAACAACAGGAAGUCUGUGUGUGAUGUCACACAGGAGUCAUCAGUCAACGUGCUGCUGACAAACCUCAUCAGGGGGAAUCUGCUUCCCUCGGCUCUCGUCUGGAUAACUUCCAGACCUGCGGCGGCCAAUCAGAUCCCUCCUACAUGUGUGGACAGGGUAACAGAAGUACGAGGCUUCACUGACGCCCAGAAGGAGGAGUACUUCAGGAGGAGAUCCAGUGAUGAAGAGCUGUCCAGCAGAAUCAUCUCACACAUCAAGACGUCCAGGAGCCUCCACAUCAUGUGUCAAGUCCCAGUCUUCUGCUGGAUCACUGCUACAGUUCUGGAGCACAUGUUGACCACAGACCAGAGAGGAGAGCUGCCCCAGACCCUGACUGACCUGUUCUCACACUUCCUGCUGGUUCAGACACAGAGGAAGAAGAACAAGUACCAUGAGGGACGUGAGACGAGUCCACAGGAGCUGACGGAGGCUGACGGGGAAGUUCUUCUGAAGCUGGGGAGGCUGGCGUUUGAACAUCUGGAGAAAGGAAACAUCAUGUUCUACCAAGAAGACCUGGAGCAGUGUGGUCUUGAUGUCACAGAGGCCUCGGUGUACUCAGGACUUUGUACUGAGAUCUUCAGAAGAGAGAGUGUGAUCUUCCAGAAAACAGUCUAUUGCUUUGUUCAUCUGAGCGUUCAGGAGUUUCUGGCUGCAGUCUACAUGUUCCACUGUUACACCAACAGGAAGACAGAGGUCCUGGAGAACUUCCUGUGGAAACAUGUUGAUUUAACCCUGGAUAAGUUUCUGAUGGCAGCCAUGGAGAAAUCUCUUGAAAGUAGAAACGGUCACCUGGACCUGUUUGUUCGCUUCCUUCAUGGCCUCUCUCUGGAGUCCAACCAGAGACUCUUAGGAGGUCUGCUGGGUCAGACAGAGAACAGUCCAGAAACCAUCCAGAGAGCCAUCACCAACCUGAAGAAGAUGAACACUUAUGAUAUCUCUCCUGACAGAAGCAUCAACAUCUUCCACUGUCUGGUGGAGAUGAAGGAUCACUCAGUUCAUCAGGAGAUCCAAGAGUUCCUGAAGUCAGAGAACAGAUCAGAGAAGAAACUCUCUGUGAUCCACUGCUCAGCUCUGGCCUACAUGCUGCAGAUGUCAGAGGAGGUUCUGGAUGAGUUGGACCUGGAGAAGUUCAACACAUCAGAGGAGGGACGACAGAGACUGAUCCCAGCUGUGAGGAACUGCAGGAAGGCUCGGUUUGCUGGUUGUGGACUCUCAGAGACUCACUGUGAAGUCGUGGCCUCAGCUCUGAAGUCCAACCCCUCCCACCUGAGACACCUGGACCUGAGUGACACCAGGCUGCAGGAUUCAGGAGUGAGGAUCCUGUCUGCUGGACUGGAGAGUCCAAACUGUGGACUGGAGACUCUGAGGUUGAGUGGCUGCAGUUUGUCAGAGAUCAGCUGUUCUUCUCUGGCCUCAGCUCUGAAGUCCAACCCCUCCCACCUGAGACACCUGGACCUGAGUCACAACGACCUGAAGGAUCCAGAUGUGAAGCAGCUGUGGUAUUUUCUGAGGAGUCCAGACUGUGGACUGGAGACUCUGAGGUUGAGGUUCUGCAGGUUGUCAGAGAUCAGCUGUUCUUCUCUGGCCUCAGCUCUGAAGUCCAACCCCUCCCACCUGAGAGAACUGGACCUGAGUGGAAACAACCUGCAGGAUCCAGAUGUGAAGCAGCUGUGUGGUUUUCUGGAGAGUCCAGACUGUGGACUGGAGACUCUGAGGUUGAGUCGCUGCAGGUUGUCAGAGAUCAGCUGUUCUUCUCUGGCCUCAGCUCUGAAGUCCAACCCCUCCCACCUGAGAGAACUGGACCUGAGUAACAACGACCGGCAGGAUCCAGGUGUGAAGCAGCUGUGUGGUUUUCUGGAGAGUCCAGACUGUGGACUGGAGACUCUGAGGUUGAGUGGCUGCAGUUUGUCAGAGAUCAGCUGUUCUUCUCUGGCCUCAGCUCUGAAGUCCAACCCCUCCCACCUGAGAGAACUGGACCUGAGUAACAACGACCUGCAGGAUCCAGAUGUGAAGCAGCUGUGUGGUUUUCUGGAGAGUCCAGACUGUGGACUGGAGACUCUGAGGUUGAGUCGCUGCAGGUUGUCAGAGAUCAGCUGUUCUUCUCUGGCCUCAGCUCUGAAGUCCAACCCCUCCCACCUGAGAGAACUGGACCUGAGUCACAACAACCUGAAGGAUCCAGGUGUGAAGCAGCUGUGUGGUUUUCUGGAGAGUCCAGACUGUGGACUGGAGACUCUGAGGUUGAUGAACUGCAGUUUGUCAGAGAUCAGCUGUUCUUCUCUGGCCUCAGCUCUGAAGUCCAACCCCUCCCACCUGAGAGAACUGGACCUGAGUGACAACAAGCUGCAGGAUCCAGGUGUGAAGCAGCUGUGUGGUUUUCUGGAGAGUCCAGACUGUGGACUGGAGACUCUGAGGUUGAUCAGCUGCAGGUUGUCAGAGAUCAGCUGUUCUUCUCUGACCUCAGCUCUGAAGUCCAACCCCUCCCACCUGAGAGAACUGGACCUGAGCUACAACUACCUGCAGGAUCCAGAUGUGAAGCAGCUGUGUGGUUUUCUGGAGAGUCCAGACUGUGGACUGGAGACUCUGAGGUUGAUCAGCUGCAGGUUGUCAGAGAUCAGCUGUUCUUCUCUGACCUCAGCUCUGAAGUCCAACCCCUCCCACCUGAGACACCUGGACCUGAGUGACAACUGGGACCUGCAGGAUCCAGAUGUGAAGCAGCUGCGUGAUCUUAAGGAGAGUCCAGACUGUCGACUGGAGACUCUGAGGUCAGUAAAAGGGGCGGAGUCAGUCCUUGCUGCUUCCAUCAUAUUGUACUAAACACAGUGUCGGAGCAAAGAGCCAGUGUUUCCUGGAAACCUCCAACCUUCUCAGCAGCUGCUUCCCUCAGUGAAGCUGUGAGAGGAGAACGGUGACAGGCGUCAGGAUUGGACAGAGAGACAGAGAGAGAGAACAGUCGGCCAAUCAGAGCGGCCAGAAGCUCGUCGUGAUCAUGUGUCUGAGUGGAUGUGAAGACGACUGUUGUUGUUGAGUUGAUGUCUACAGGAAGUGAAGCUGACUACAGCUGACAGCCUCACAGAGGAACAGAGACAGUGUCCUCAUUCAUCAAACUGUCACAUCUGAUCUGAGACAGUUUGUUCUCUCAUUUCACAACUCAAGACCUGAUCAGUUUGAUCUCUGUCACAGCUCUGAGAUCAGUCUGAUGGAGCUGACUCUUCUUUCAGAGAAGCAUCGUGACGUUUUGUGAUCAUGUGAUCUUUAUACAGACAGAAGCUCUGCUGAAGUCCAGUGAGCACAUCUGUAUAUCUGUCCCUCUGCCAGAUGUUUCCAGUGACAGCCUCCAUGAUUCUCUGUCAGGUGAUGUGUGAGGAACAGACCAGAUGUUCAUCAACACACAGAGACUCUGUGUUUAAAUGUCAGGACAGUGAAUCCAUCACUGAGCUGUUGGAGCAGUGAUGAACCUUCAUGACUCAGCAGUUUGUUUCCACUGUGGACUGAGGGAAAUGUGCAGAGUCAACAGACUUGAUGCUAAAAGUCUCUGCAGGUGUGUGAGCCUCCAGCUCAGUGUUCACUCCAACACGUUAACAUGAGAGCUGAGAGGAAGCAGGCUACGCUACACAGCUGCUGCACAUCUGGACUGAACAGGACUGAAGUCCCUGCUGCAUCACUGACUGACAGCUGAUGAAGUGACUCUCUGUAAACACUCGUUUAUCUCCUCUGUUCUUCUUCUCUCCACAGAUGGGAGUGGUGAUGAUCGUGUGCGUCUCUGCUUUGUCCUUCUACAGUCUCUGCAGACAAACUGAGACUCCUCCCCCCUCCACCUGGAUUUCUUCACUUGCAGCCGUUUGGCACCAAAAUAUUUUUGUGGUGAACAUAAGUUAGAGAAAAGCUGAGGUCACUCUCUCUGUGGUCUGAGAACAGUCAUAUCCAACUCAUCCUGCCCCUCAGACAUCAGUCGACUCAACAAGCACCAAUGUGAACAGUGGAGUGUUGAUAAUAUUCUCAUUUACUUCUUUAGCUCGACUGGAAAAAUUAUAACAAGUGAAUUGGUAGCUUUGAUUCUUUCUUCUCUAUCUAAACUACUGUGAGACUUAAAGUAUGAACACUAACAACCUGUCCAUCAAAGUGUUUGUACCGCGUUCGAUUCUCACCUCAUGUGACAGAGCCAUGUUCACAGAUGGUUCCAUGUCAGCUCCUGUAUUUUCUCUGCUGAUGUUCAAACUCUCUCCACGUGGAUUCACACACCUGUUUCUCGUUUCCUCCUCGUGCUCCCUCAAACUCUCUGAGUUCCUCCUUUUCUGUGUGAAAUAUUCAAAUCAAUGUGUAAUAAAUCUGUUAGUGAUGUA